GUGGCGAAUUAUACGGUCAAAAGAUCCAUCGUCAUGUCUCGAGCAACAAUUGUGUUAUUUGUAGCAUUAACAAUAUUUUUUACAAAUAUAUUUGCUGAAAAGCUUAUUUGUGAUCGCAAAAACGAAGAGUAUGAUUGCGGAUCGGCCUGUCAAACAACUUGCUGUAACUUAGGCCAAACUUGCAAGAUAAUAAACAUUACAUGUAAUAACGCUUGUUACUGCAAGAAAGGAUACGCGAGACGCGGUGGCGAUGACGGUCCAUGCAUCCCCAUACAUGAAUGUUCUCACGAAACGUGUACAUCGCAUGAUGAAAAGAAGUAAAUUGCAGAACUGAUUCUAUCGGUUAAUUAAUUUUUGUUUCUAUAUAUUUAUUUGAUCAAAAACUGUCUCAAUUAAUAACGUGCCUCCGUUUUA